UCCGUUGAUAGAUCGGACCUGACUACUUUGCCAACCGGUCCUUCAGGCGCCACUCUACCUGAAUACGUGGAUCAGCGAAAUCAGUCGAGACGCCAGCAUCGACAAUCUUCACGCCAUCACCACCACCAUCAUCAUUCUCAUCGUACCCAACAGCAACAACGCCAUCACCACCAGGCUCGCCCUUCCGACGGUGUUAUGGAGCAAGCGAAGGAAGUAACUAUUCGAAAGAAUGUGGCAGUCGAAGGUUCAAAUCAAGAGCAAAUAAAAGGGGAACAGGAGGAAGCUGUAAGCGGGGGCCAUCUUCCUAAAAAUGACCCUAACACUCCACGCCCCUUAGAUCAGAUGCAUGCUGCCCGCCUCCUUUGCCAGUCUGUCAAAUAUGCCUCAGCUUCUCGAGCACAAAUCGUCUCUCCACUUAUAGUGCCUGAUUCAUUUGCUGAUCUUGUGGAGUCUAACAUUCCUCAAAACGAACUCGUUUCAGCAUGA